ACAUGUAGCCUAUAACUUUAAUACAGUGUGUGUUAGUCGCUUUAGAUCCACAAAUGUAAGGAAUGUAGUGAUAGCAGCACUCGUGUGAUCAUGAGUCCACUAUGAGUUUCGAUUAUGGAGAAAGCCUACGUCACGCGCAUGUAGUUUCGGUUUCCUUUCCAUUUAAUAUAUAAGAAAUAAAUACGCGUCGCGUCGGUGAUUAUGCAAAUACAAAAAGCCCUCAGCCGCUUUAGCCUUCGUUCCUGUCAUUCAUUUCUAAAAAAAAGAAAAAACGGUUAUAGUAAAUUAUUUAUUUGACACUAUUUAUAAACUACAGUAUAUUCGGCAUGGGAGUCCAGGAACUAAAGUGCUUCAUUGGGAAUAACACAGGCAUUUUAAGGAAUUUAUCUUUUAGAGACAGUAAACUCAUAAUCGAUGGAUGUAACUUGUAUCACCACCUGUACGUAUACUUUAAACUGGAUCAGAUACAUGGAGGAGAAUAUGAGGCCUUUGAAGAUUUGCUCACACAGUUUUUCACCAACCUCAGACAUUGUGAUAUUCAGCCAUAUGUUGUAAUCGAUGGUGGGGCCGACCACACUGACAAAGCACUUGAGACCCUCAAGACACGAAAAAAGGUCAAAAUAAAAAGGGCAAAUGAGCUUUCUAUAGGCCGGGAGGGGACAUGCUUCCCACUUCUUAUUAAAAAUGUGUUCAUACAGACCGUUCAUAAACUCAAGGUGCCAUUUGUUCAAUGCGUUGAAGAGGCUGGUUGGGAAAUAGCUGCUUUGGCUAACCAAUGGGAUUGUCCAGUUCUGUCCAAUAACAGAGAUUUCUACAUAUUCAACAUCAAGAGAGGAAUCUUGCCUACUGGACAAUUUUGGUGGAGAAACGUAAAAGUAAACAGACGUACAAACAAAAAAUACAUCCAGACCAAACAUUUUACUGUGGAAAGAUUAUGUGCAUCUUUCAACCACAUGAACAAGGAUCUUCUCCCGAUUUUUGCAUGCAUUUUAGGAAAUGAUUACAUGAAUCUGCAAAAAAUCAUUCAUCUCAGGUGGGAGGCGUAUUCGGUGAGAAGUGGGGACUUCUCCCAUAUUGAUGGUUUGCUCACCUGGCUAUCCAAAUUCUCUGGUCCAGAAGCAGCCAUAGAUGGUGUUCUCAAGCUAAUGACAGACAAUGAGGAGAAAGUUACUGUGCGUGAAGCUUUGUUUAAAGGCAUUAAGGAGUAUAAGCUCACCAAAGGUUAUCUUGCUCAAUUCUUCCUUUCAAAAACACCAGCAGCCUGUACAGGUCCACUGCGAGCCCUCCCUACGUGGACCUUAAAGCACCUGCAUGAAGGAAAGAUGGGCUCUUUCAUUGUUGAUAUACUGGCCUUGAAAAGGAUUAUGCUGAACCCUCAAGUUGAAGAUUUUCAGCAACCCAGUUGCAACGAAACCUCUCGUCCCAUACGACAAGUGCUUUACGGUUUAGUGUUGUUGGGGGAACUACAAACGGAGGACAAACUUGUGGCAGCUGCUAAAGCAUCUACUGGUACAGACAAGUGCUAUGUAACAGAGUACGACAGACAAGGAUUUACUCUAACCAGUUCAGAAGUUGAAGCUAUAGAGACUAAAGUAAAAGAAGGACUUCGACUGGAAACAUUAUGGAAGGAACGACACGCCUUGCGUCUUCAGAUCCUCUUGGAAACUUUGGAUGUGUCAUCUGUCAGAGGCAUCCCACUUCACCUGCAGCUCCAGGUGUUUGCGACGCGCUACUGGCUGGUAAAUGCAAAGCCUCAGCCGAACCUGCUGCAUCUUUGGGGUCUCCUACUGGGGAUGGUCUACGGACGGCUAAACACCCCGGCCAGGACACAAAUAGACAGAGAGUUAAGGCAGAAAGGUCGAGGAAAAAUAUAUUUGGAUCAUGAGGUGGCUCAUCUGUACAGCCAAUGGCAGUCCUGUCUGCGGUGGAGUCUCUGUCUCAAUCAGUUACUAUGUCGUCCACUUCCUGAACCAGAGUGUGCACGGUUAUACUGUGGAACGCUUGUUCAUCAGGCAGUUCGAGAAUUUGGAAGAGGCAUCACACCAGAGUCUCUGCUGGCGAUGUGCUCCAAAGCUGAGAAGCUAUUUGGACAGUUGAGAGAUGCGGUUCUGAGUUUGUUGGAUGAAGAUGAUGUUAGGAGAAUCAGUACCGGUCACAUGAACAAAGCUUUCGACAAAACACAGUGCGACAAAUGCAUGGAUCAGUCUGUAGAUGAACUGAGCAGUUGCUUUGAACAUCUGACGUAUGAAGAUAUUGAUGACUACGAUGAUCUCACUGGAAAACAGAGGAAGGGUAAAGAUCACAAGACAAACACACUUGAAUGUUCCACUAUUCGUACCAGACACAAGGUCAAAGCACGCAAUGCUAAGCAUCCUUCGAAGAAAUCUGAAAGGAGAUGCUUUGACUAAGUAUGUUAGUACAGUUUUGCUCAGGGUUGUAAGGACAAUUGAAAGGUGGGAUGGGGAACUUACCGAAAAUGAUUACUAAAUGAAUUCUCAAAAAAUGUUGAAAGGCAUGUGUGUUAAAAAAACACAUUGAUUUGAAAAAAUUGCUAUAUACACUAUAGCAGUGUGAGAAAAUCACUUACCUUGUGAAUGUAGUGUUAACUUCUGCGACACAGAAAUACAAGUUCAUUAACUGAGCUUUUACAAAAGGUUUAGAUUUAACAAUCAUUAAAUUUAUUAAUUUUGACAUUUUAUUAAAACAAAUAAUGCAGUGUGAUUGUAAGCCUACAGCAGUGGUUCUCAAACUGGGGUCCGGGGCCCCCAGGGGGGCCGCGAGAUGGUACUAGGGGGGGCCCAGUUUUAUGACAUUUUAUAAAAUACAUAAAUUUAUCAUGAAUUCUGUGAAAUUCAACCUAAAAAAAAUAAGGCAACAAUACUUUGUAUAAUUUAAUGUUUUGUUUAAUUAAAAUGUGAAGUUUUAGAACUGUUUUUUGUCAUAAAUUUUCUUUGGGGGAGCCGCAAAGGAAUGCACCGUACACAAAGGGGGCCGCACGCUGAAAAAGUUUGAGAACCACUGGCCUACAGUAAGUGUUGAACCCUAAUAAUAAUGAUCGAUUAGACCAUAAAUGCUGAUGUAUUGCUUGAUUCAGGCAACUUUCCUAAUUUUGGAUGAAUAUAAAUAUUUUACUUAAUAGUGUUUUUACUUUUAUUGUACUUAAAACUGUCAGAAAAAUGGUUGAAAAUAGUCCCAAGCUGUCACUGGGGUGGGGCAGUACCCUUUAUAAAGGGCAUGUACCAUUUAGGUACAGAUAUGUAUACAUUUGGUACCAAAAUUGAGGUAUUAAUAUGAAUUAAUUAGGAACAAAGAUGUACUUUUUGAAAGGGUAACAUCUAGAGACCAAGGGCCUCAUUUAUAAAGCGUAUUUAUAUGCACAGAUUUGAUUGUAAAGUGUGUGCGUACGCAAAAAUCCACUUCAAAGUCCAUAUUUGACAUGGAAAAGCCCUACCUCAGGGUCUGAGCAGACGUACACACUUUUGCUUGUCUGGUUGCUGCAGGUUUUCGGAAAUAUAAGCCAAUCUUGCUGCUCAAAAUUUGGUUUAAAGAUUGACAAGCGCUCUUUUAUAUGUCCAUGAUAUUAAUUUGGCCUCGUUUACAGGCGGAGGUCUGAAACUGCUCUACUGCGCACAAGUUCAAGAUCAUUUGCCAUUUAUAAAUUUCACAUAUGAAAGAAAUGAGUAUGUGCAUUUUCUGUGCAAAAGUUUGGUUUAUGAAUCACACUUAUGUAUUUUUGAUAAAUGGUCGUAAUGUCAAAUGUAGGAUGGUUUCUACGCAGCAUUUUAUAAAUGAUGCCCAUUUUU